CCGAACCAGAGAAGAGCGCCAUAUUGAAAUGCGAAAUGAAAACAAAAUUUCCGAUCAUUUAACUUUUGUGAUAUUCCAUGCGAAAAGUUCUGUGAUACAAGAUGAGUGCCAGGCCUCGCCCCAUCACUGCCACUGUGAGAACUGCCUCAUCACGCAGACAACCCACGGGACUGAGACGUAGUUAUUCCUCAGAUUCCAGUGGCUCCACGGAGUCGCUGAUCUCUGUAUUAGACCACGACAGCUACAGUGAUAGCAGUGUCUACAGUGAUGGAGAGAAAGAUGAAAAGAAAGUACAUGCUGUUGAUGAUGGAAGACAUGGCACUGUGUUUGAAAGACUUCAAGCUGAUGAAAAAUUCAGAGCACUUAGGUCAGAAUCUACGGAUUCAGAGAGUCGCACAAGAAGCUCAAAUACUAAAAGUAAAGACAAAGAGAACAAGAGAACAGCCUGGGAAGACUGGUUGGUGGAAAAAGUGAAAAAAGAAAGAGAGAGGUUAAAAAGAGAGAGGUUGAAGCUUAAAAGACUCUCUUUAGAAAAACAGAAAAAAGAAGACGAGACAAAAGAAAAAUUAAAAAAGGCCGAGGAAAACCGUGAGAAAUGGAUCAGUGAGAAGGAUUAUGAAAUCCAAAUACGGAGGAAGAUGGAGAGACAGAAAAAGAAGGCAGAGGAAGAAAUAAAAGCAGAGGAGAAAGCAAGAACUGAGCAAAAAUCAAAAGAAGUAUUUCAGGAAUGGUUUGAGAUGAAAAAACAGCAGAAGCUGGAGGAAAGGAGGAAAGCCAAAGAGGAGAAGGAGAGAAAGAAAAGAGAAGAGGAGGAAAAGAGACAACAAAGUCAGCAGGCCUUUGAGGAGUGGUGUAGAAGGGCCAAGAGGAAGUACAAGUCGCUGAAUACUAGCUUUGGUUACACUGGAGGGAAAAUGACAGGCUACCAUGACGGCAGCUCCUAUCCCGUCCCUAGUUUUAUCAACCCAAUACCAUGGCAACCGGUGGCUAUCCCAAAACCAAAACAGGAGCAAGGGAAAAGCAAGAAGAAGACAAAACCUUACAGAUGGGAUCCCAAUAAGUAUUAUUAAGUAUGUGUCUGGUGUAUUACCGUGUAUGACAACUUGUCAAAGACUGCACAACGCAGAAGGGCACGUGCAUUAAUUGGACGCAUUAUUACUGCGAGUUUGUGUUGAAAAUAAUUUGAUCAAUCUCAUUUCUUGUUGAGGUGUGUGGAUAAGUUCAGAUCAACACAGGUGAUAGGACUUUCAGUGUGAUUCCUUUAGUUCUCUUUUAAGAUCUUUUUAAAUAUCUUGCAGUGCACUUCUGCAUGUCAACAUCUUAUGGCUAAUCCUAACAUGUUAUAAUGUUAUGGGGGUUAAUUCUGUUAACAGACCAUGUAGACCACAAAAGCUCCUUUCAGAUUAUUCUGUUAUGUAACAGCCAGACUUUUUACUUAACUAUCUCUUAAAACAUUGCAAUAUUGUUAAGUACACUGCACGACGUGAGAUUUGUAAGUUUGUUUUGUCUUCAACUGUCUCGGCUCAAACAUGGGCAUGUAUGCAAUGGGUAUUUUAAGACUGUCUCAGCAGCUUUAACAAAAGCUUCAAGUUAUUUAUAUAAGUAAACAAGAUCUCUGUAGCUCUCCACAGUGUUUUUGUGUGCUUUUGGCAUUGUGAUACUAUUAUAAUAGAUUUAAUUUUUUUAUCAUUAUUUUUUCAGUUGAAAAUGUGAGAUUGUUAUUAGAAGCUUCCUUAGAUGUUUACUCUAUGUAGUAUGAAUCAUACUAUGAUGAAGCUAUAUUUAGUAACAGUAAUUACUCAAAAUAUUUGAACAACAUUUUUUGGUUAAAAAUAUCAAUUCAAAAGAAUUGAAAUUUUGACUAGCUGAUAAACUGCUAGUAACAAAUUACAGUGGACACAGUGUGUUAAACAAAUAAAAAUAAAUAAAUAAUUGCUUGUCCAGUACCCAGACUCAGUGACUGUUGUGUGUGUUACACUUGUGACCUGCUUAUUGCUCAAACCACGAAGAU